AUGGGCUGUCUUGAUUCCCUUCAACCCUUGCAUCAGGAGUGCGGUCAAAAGCAUGGCAAGCCCGGCUUGCCAAGGUCUUGGCUGGGCUUGCCAGGAAAGCAUGGCCUGGAAAAGCCAGGUAAACCCAGUCAAGGCCAGGGUUUUAAGGUAAGUCUGGCCAUAGAAGCGUGGUUUUUCCGCCCACACUAAAAAAUAGGCCAGCAUUUCAUGGCCUUCCCGGCCUGUCUACAAGUGACAGCAAUAAGAACUAGAAACAAUUUUGUUACAAUAGUUCUACCUAUUCAUUAUUAUGACAAUUAGAAAUGUAUUUUUUUACAGGAUCAAUACCAAAACUUCUUUAGGUAAAUAGAAAAGAGUUAAUAAUAUAAUAUAAUAUAAGAAAUUAGUGCAAGAAAGGGAAAAACAUAGAUCAUAAGGAUACAACAAGUCCACUACUCUCUUUCCACAAAGUUUGGCAUUCUGGCAAAACACAAAUCUUGCUUGCUUCCACUCGAAUAAGAAACUUUUUCCUCAAUAGCAGCAACAUUGAAUUAUGUAUAUAUAGAUGUAUGAAGUAAUAUAAAGUUAAUUUUCAAUAUUUGAUGACAAAGCGAUUCUGCAAAACUUAUAUAAAAACCAUACCGAAAUAUAUUGAAGUAGCUCCUAUUCUGAAUUUUCUGUAUGGUUCUUUUUCAGCCGCAUGAGUAAUUUACUUUACUGCGAGGAUCAUUUCUACUUUAAUUCGCAUCUAUAUCCACAUUUCCAAAAAAAAAUUGUCAUUUCAUAUAAGCUCGAUUAUUUCCAUUCAUGUCAUUUCUCCUAAGGUCAAGAUUCGAUUCCCAAUCAAGGCUUAAUUUUUGCAGGUACUUGUUCUUCAACCAGUUAGAUAAUGUCCCUUUAACUGUAAGGAUCAUUUCCAUUUUUAUAAUAAACUGUUUCUUACUGUAAUGUGUUCCUCGGAUUUACCGUUCCUGGUAGGUCGAAAGUCCACUUGAACAUGCGAACAGCUCCUUGCUUUGCAUGCUUUUUGAGCUUCCUUUUGAUACAGUUCAUUCAACCAAUGAAUGAUCCCUUGAGGCAAUAAAAUGAUGUGGUCUUGGUGUGAUCAAGGUGUCUUUGGUUAGAUCAGAUUUCCAUACACUAACAUGUGAGCUUUGUCCAACAUGAACAACGGCCACAACACGUUUUUCGUCGCAGUUCUUUGAUUGAUAAUGUGGUGCAGCAUUUACCUCUUGCUUUUAAUACUUCAAAUGCGUUGCUUCAUCUUAAUUAACGCUGAAAAUAACUGCUAUUUCGACCCAGACGGGAGCACGUCGCAAGAUUAGCCGCCAUCUUUUCUUGUUUCCCAGGCUUCCACGCGUGCCUUUGGCACAUGCGCGAUUUGAUUUACUUUGUCACGUGUGACUCUUGAACCAACAGAAAAGUGCGAAAUGAACUUCCGUUGAACCACAGGCAGCCCAAGCGCACUAUUUGUGGGUUCGGGCUUCAGAGGUCAUUUGGUCGGAAUAUACUAGCAUUAUUAGUGUAUUAUCUGAUGCCAAAUAAAUGCAAAAAGUCUGAAAGAUAUGAAGUCUUCUUGUUUGUCUAUCGGUACUAGUAGCCUUUAAGAUAACGAAAAUCGAUAUUUUUUGCAUUUUUACAUGUGAUUCGGGCCCUUAUUGAUCGAAUUUUAUCACAUGUAUUCGAAUCUACAACGCUAAGGAAAAAAAAUCAUGAUCACGCGAAAUAUUGAUUCAAAAAGCUCCCUUACCUUUAGUUCAUAGCCACUCUGUGUCCUACGGCUGGUUUAAACGCCGUUUAGUCGACUUUCUUUCCAUCGAGUACUGAAUACUGAAGAAAGUCGACUAAACGGCGUUUAAACCAGCCGUAGGACACAGAGUGGCUAUGAACUAAAGGUAAGGGAGCUUUUUGAAUCAAUAUUUCGCGUGAUCAUGAUUUUUUUUUCCUUAGCGUUGUAGAUUCGAAUACAUGUGAUAAAAUUCGAUCAAUAAGGACCCGAAUCACAUGUAAAAAUGCAAAAAAUAUCGAUUUUCGUUAUCUUAAAGGCUACUAGUACCGAUAGACAAACAAGAAGACUUCAUAUCUUUCAGACUUUUUGCAUUUAUUUGGCAUCAGAUAAUACACUAAUAAUGCUAGUAUAUUCCGACCAAAUGACCUCUGAAGCCCGAACCCACAAAUAGUGCGCUUGGGCUGCCUGUGGUUGAACAGUUCAAAUUCACGCGGACUAGCAGCAAAGUAUUUUCGUAAGACUGUCUUUCUAUUAUCCAUGUUAUUUUCGAGACAAAUUGAUCAAUUGCGAAGUUUGUGUUCACAUAAAGCAUGUUUGCAAGUGAGUUUACUCAGCUGGAUUAAUGUGGAAAGGUAUGUUUUCUAAUAACUUUGCGUAAAUGAGCUUAUAAAGUUCAAAUUGCAUGCAAAGAUAUGCCAUUGAUCUGAUCCCUCUUUGCUGCUUUUUGUUUACUGCAGAUCGAAAUAACUGUACUCUUUGUUGCAAAUAGUCAAUGGAAUACUCUGAAAACUGUAUGUUCUGGCGCUACAAGGUUAUAG